GUAAAUGCGAAGUGGUAUUGCAGAUUGAUUUUGUCCGCUUUGGAGCGUUUAUUUCCCUCUUCCCUCUCCCAAAAAGCAGCCAAAAAAGAACAGCGAAUGGGCGACAAGCGGAAACUACAGGCGGAGAUUGACAGAUGUCUGAAAAGAGUUCACGAGGGAACGGCAGACUUUGAGGAGAUCUGGCAGAAGGUGCAGAAUGCCACCAACACCAACCAGAAGGAGAAGUUCGAAGCCGAUCUGAAGAAAGAGAUCAAAAAAUUACAGAGGCUAAGGGACCAAAUCAAAACGUGGAUGCAGUCCAACGACAUCAAAGACAAAAGACCUCUUAUAGACGCAAGGAAACUAAUCGAGACUCAUAUGGAAAGGUUCAAGGUCAUGGAACGAGAUACAAAGACGAAGGCCUACAGUAAAGAAGGUCUAGGAAAAGAAGCGAAAGUAGAUCCACGUGAACAAGCUAAAGAGGAAAUGUCAGAAUGUCUGUCUGAGAUGGUCGACCAAAUUAGCCUGGAAGUAGAACAGUUUGAAGCCGAGGUUGAACAACUGAAGUCAAGGACGAACAAAAAGAAAGACAAAGACAAAGCUGAAAAGGCGGAAGAACUAGCUGGACGUAUAACAAGACAUACUUUCUACAUUAAUAAGAUGGAAAUGUUGAAAAGAAUGUUAGAAAAUGACUCAGUGGAACCAGACGAAGUUCGAACUAUUGAAGAUACUUUGAAAGACUACAUAGAGAGAAGUCGAGAGCCUGAUUUCGUAGAGGACGACAGUGUUUUUGAAGCGUUCAACUUUGAGAUCACGCCUGAUUCUAUUCCAGCGACAGGCGCCGAAAAUUUUGGUAGUGCUGUGUCUAAUUCCUCGAAAAAUGAAGAAGAUGAAAGCCUGAUAACUUCACAGAUCACAAGUCCAUCGCCGAGAAAGGGUUCGAGCUCAUCGGCGAUGUCGUUUCCACCAAACGCUGCGAGUCAACCGACAAAAGCGACUUCUUCGUCGCCGUCAGCUAAUAUGAAUCAACACAACACCUCGAAUAGUUCAGCUUCAAGCAAUAUUUCCAGCACCAGCAUACACAAACCCACAGCUGUGAAGCCAACUGUAACAACAACAAAUGCCCCAACAAGUCCAGGGUCCAUUACGACAUCAGUGUCAAGUGUCGGUCCCGCGAACCUCAACAAAAUAUUCAGCCCAGCACCCACACCCUAUAGCCCACACUCAGGAUUGACAGGACCUACCACACCUAGUGGAAAAGGUCCCAGCAGUUUAGUGGCCGCAGGAACCGGCUACUCGGCUGUUGCGAGUUCCAAUACAAAUCCAACUUCCCAGCAAAACAACGACCAUGCUGCCAGAACAUCGACAGUCACUCCGACGCUCUUUUCCGCAACAACUGCAGGUCAGCAAAAAACGACGUCGUCUGCCAGCAGCGAAAGAGGUGCGACGCCUCAAACAGACUUGCAAGACUCGAACGUGACGGGAAUCGAUGCGUUCGGAUCCUUGCAAGGUACCGCACAAUCUGGUUUCCCGAUGCCACCCUCUUUGAGCUCUCAGUUCUCAACGGGAUCCAGUGACAUUGAUAGCCUGGCAGUGUCGUCUGGAAAUACUUUGUCUACUCUAGAGUCCGAUCUGUCCUUUGCAAGUGCAGCUAGCAGUAAUACUGUCGCUAAUUCUUUCAAUUCAUACCAAGCAAUGUCUACUACCGGCCAUUUAGGUGACACGAAAGAAUUGAGCAAGGCAUUCCAAGCUGGAUACAACUUUCCUCACGGAAACUCGGCCGCGCAAUCCAUCUCGACAAUUUCACACGGAGGAGACGGAAACAACGCAAUAAACUCAUUUCCGUUCUCAUCCGGAGCGAAUGGUAUGCCGCUUAAUUUAUCCUCGGCAGCUGGUGCUGGUACUGGCACUACCGGAACAACAGACAAAAGUCCCUUUCCUUCGACUGAAAACAACAGUGGUAUGAGUCCUGGAGAUAUGAAAGAUACGAUAAGCACGAUUGCUGGAGUUCCUGACGCCGCAUAUCUGGAGAAGCUGCGCCGUCAAGACGAGCAGUACAGGACAGAAACAAACAUUCCACCACUCCUAGGGGUUGCUCCACUAGGUCCAGUUAAGCUGGGAAAAGAGCACAUGUACCAACAGACUAUGCUCGAAGCGGCAUUCGAACACCUGCCGCAUGCCAGUGACUCGGAACGCCUUCGUCCUUACCUGCCACGGAACCCAUGCCCGACGCCAAAUUAUUACCCGAAAGAACCCCUGGCAAACUCAGAUACAGUCGAGUUCUUCGAACGACUGGCGACCGAGACACUCUUCUUCAUAUUCUACUAUCUAGAAGGCACCGAAGCGCAGUACUUGGCUGCAAAGGCUUUGAAGAAACAGUCGUGGAGGUUUCACACAAAGUACAUGAUGUGGUUCCAGCGACACGAGGAGCCGAAGACGAUCACAGACGACUGCGAGAUGGGAAGUUAUAUUUAUUUCGACUAUGAAAAGUGGACCCAGCGGCGCAAGGAAGGAUUCACGUUCGAGUACAGGUUCCUAGAAGACAGAGACCUGAAGUAGACCAGUUCGAGUGGGGGCAGAACAGAGCGCAGUUUGUUGUAAUGCAAUCAACUAACUGGUUUUCGAGGGAGAAGACAAAACUAGCCAAAACUACUCAUCGGACUUCGAGUGAUUUAGUCCUCAGGUUAUAGUCCUCGUUGCUUUGUUACUCAUUCUUGUCAGUGAGCUCAUUGAUUGGUCAAUUAAUUGCAAAAAGCAACUUGUUCCAAUAAAUUAUCUUUCAAUUAAA